UUGACAAUUAUGAAGGUACGCAACGCUAGAGGCGCGCCGUUCACUUGUUUACUGCCGAGAACAUUUGGUUUGGACGUAACCUCCGAUCGGAAAGGCCAACAUGACCGUUGUUCGUCUCAGAAAUUAAGGUGUGGGCAGCAUAGCUAAAGCAUCUCCGGGUAGCAGUGGUCAGAUGUCUUCAGCAUCUUCAGCUGUCAUCGGGCCUCCUUCCUUCGGCGACUGAACCGGACUAGCUGCUUGGACCUCGUGACUUGGGGGUAAAAGUGACAGCAGUUACAAGCUUCCUAAAUCUCGAGUGUCUUUUAACUCUCCAAACAAAUUCAUACCUGCUAUUAUGGCCACCAAAGGAAGUAAAAUUUUUGAUGAAGCUGAUCCACUGGCGGAUUUAUUACUCUCAGAUGAAGAUUCUUUGGGCUCGAGAAAGGAAAUGAGCCAAACAAAUGUUGCCUCUCCGAAGGAAACCUCUCUGAGCGCUGUUGGUGUUGACCCAACAAAGCCCGGAGCCUUCAAGAGAGACAGAUCGCAGGUUAUAUCUGAACCGUAUGGUUUGGGAAGUGAGGAUGCCAAGGAGGAGACUCCUGCUGGUAAUGCUGGCAAGGUUGAUGGCAAUCACCCCGAGCUCUCCAUUGCGCAUGCCUCUGAUUGGCUUGGGAUCAAAAGUCCUGUAAAGACCUCACCUGUGAAAGCAGGUCAAAUAGAAACUCUGCAGAGCAUAGUUAGCAUCAACACUAGUGUGCUUAAUUCCCCGAAGAAGGCUGGUGAUAGAAAAAUAGACCAUGAUGAAGACCAUCUGGAAAGAAUAGGUUUUAGCAACAGGAAACUGUCUAAAAUGUUGGAUUCGGUUGCAGGUAAAGUUGGGGCAACUUCAAAACCCAAGUCAAUAAUGGAUGAUCUGUUUGGAAGCAUUGUUACAAGUACAAAUAUAGAUAAAUUGGCAAGUAGCCAGGUUUAUUUAGACAAAAAAGAUGACAUUAAAGAUGUUUCUCAGGUGUCUAACCCUUUGUCGUUUGGUAGCUAUGCACCAUCUGUUUCUACUGCUAGGGAGCCACGUAGAUCAGCUCUAAGACAUACUUCUAACGUGACGAAUCCACUGGGGAUAUUCAUUCCAUCUGCCCAAGUGAGCAGUCAGGACCAUGCUGGCGAAGGCAGCAUCGAUACACCAGUACCCUCUGCAAGGUACGACUCGGCCACUCUGCAGCGUGUGUCAAGCGGUGAUGGUGCAAAGCCUGAUCCCCAGACGCAAGUGGCUGCUGCCGAGACCUCCAGGCCGUGGACACCAAGCAGUGGUCCAGGUGGUGCGAUGCAUGUCCGAGGACCAGCCUCUCCGAGGCACCAUCAUGGCAACCCUGCCACCAGCAGUGCUAAGCUGCCGGAGUGGCUGGGCGGGGGAGUGACCUUGGCAAAGGAAGAGUCUGCCAUGGCCACAGUGCACCAGCAAGUGUCUGAGGCUCUGGGCGAUCCUCAGCAUCCCGAACUGGGUGAUGGUGUAGGUGGAGCACUGCUAGUGGGUGCCCGGAUGGACCAGGAAGUGGUGGCAGCACUGCAGCGCCAGGAGACACAGCUGGUGGCAGCACUGCAGGUGCAACAGCGGCAGGGGCAGUUGGCAGAACUGCACAGGCGCCAACAGGAGCUGCUUCAGCGUCAGGAGGCUCAGCUGAGCGAACUGGUGAUGCGCCAGGUGGAGCGCCAGCGCCAGUUGGAGAGUCAGUUGGCCAGCCAGCAGGAGCGCAUCGCCACCCAUAUCCAGGCGUUGCUGUCGCAGCCAGUUGUCCUGCCUACCCCAGAGCAAUCAGCGGUUGGCCCUACUGCAGAGGCAUCUGUGCAGUCUUCGCAACCCACAUUUGCUGGUGUGGUUCAGCCCUCAGCCACAGAGGUGAGCUACAGGGGUGAGCUGGAGCGACUGGAAGACUCGUACAAGCGCCAGAUCGCGCUGCUGGAGUCUUCGCUGGAGCGAGUGGAAGCUCGGCUGUGUGCGGAGAACGCACGGCUGGAGACCGAGUACCAGGCUCGCAUCACCAAGCUGCAGGAGGAGCUGCUAUCGGUUGAAGAAGCACACAAGCAGAAAGUGGCAGCUCUGCAUCAAGAGAGGUUGGUAGACCUGCAGCACCUGAAAAAGCUGUACCAGCACGAAGUGGAUGACCUGCGAGAGCACUAUGUGAGGGUGGCAGCCCUGGAGCAGGACAACUCCCUACAGACCAGGUUGCAUCUGAGAUCGCAGAGUGGCGGCAGGUCGCUGCAGCUGCUGGGGGAGAGCAGCGCUCGGCUGGCCUCGCUGGAGGAGCGCGCGGACGACCGGCAGCGCUCGGAGCUGGACGAGCGCUCCGCGGCGCUGCGGGCCAGGGAGGCAGAGCUGAAGACCGCGCGAGAGGCCAUGGAGCGGCAGCGGCUGGCCUCCGAGGAGGAGCGCGCGCGGCUUGUGGGGCUGGUGACAGAGCUGGAGCUGCGCGUGGCCGAGCAGCGCGGGGAGCUGGAGAGCCGGGCCUGGGAGCUGCGGCAGGAGGCGGCGGUGCUGGAAGCUCGCACCCGCGCGCUGGAGGGCGAGCGCCAGCGCAGCCUCGCACGGCUGCAGCACGAGCGCCAGCAACUGCAGCAGCUGAAGCAGAGCGUGCUGGAGGAGAAGAAGCGUGUGAGUCAGCAACUGCGGGAGGAGCAGCUCAAACUAAGUGCUGAGAAGUCCCGCCUGGAGGCGAUUGCACGCCUGCGGAGUCCGGUCACGCCUGCACCUGCAGUCGAUGUGGAGCAGAUACAAGCGGAGGCAGAGGCGACCAUGUUAGUGGCCCGGGACGCAGCACGGCAGGCCGAGGUGGAGAGAGAGAAGCUGGCAGAACAGAGGAGGCUGCUGGCGGCCGAACAGCGCAGACUCCGCGAGGUGGAGAGCGAGUUGGCCAUCCGAUCACAAGAACUCGACGUUCUUGGGGAGGUCUCGGCGGCUACUAAGGAGGAGGGCCUGCGCAUGCUGAGGGAGAGUUGGGAGCUGCAGCAGCAGCAAGCCACCUGUGCUGCCGCGCACCAGACACAGCUUUCCCAGCUGCAGGAGCGAGAGCGCAAGCUGGCUGAGGAGAAGAUGGCGUGGUCGCAGGAGCGACGUGCUCUUCAGGCAAGCAUGCAGCAGGAGCGGUUCUGCUUUCUCUGCCGCUCACUGCUGGAGCACCCCAGACCGCUGGCUCCUCCCACCUACCAGCCUGCCCACAAGCACUUUGUGGACCCAGAGCAGGUGAUCCUCAGGCUAGCAGGGGAGCGGGAUCAGGACGCCUCUCGCUCCAACCUCGUGGCAUCCCUCGUCAGCAAGUGACUCCGCAAUAUGAAGUUGCUUUUUCUUUCACAAGAUAUUGGGCAGGUUAUGUAACCUGCGUUCAGUUUAACAGUUGUAGAGUGUAUUUGUUGUCAUACAAUUUAUAUAAAAUAUUGUUGCAAAAAUAAAUUUUUUCACAAUUUCGUGUUUUUUCCCAUGCUUUUAUUAGCUUGACAUGUAUGUAUGA